AAGUUCCAACAAAUUCUUACCCUUGUUUUUCUCGCGCUUUCUCCUUCCUUUUUAUUAAUAUUUUGUCGACAAUCUUGGAUCAUCUCCGAACUAAGUUUCAAUUCAAAUUCGAAUUAACUUCUUGUUAUUGCUAGUUUACUGAACAUCACUAAGAAUAUAUAUAAUUCAAGGAUUUCAAGUUAUUGAGGAUGCAAAACGACGUCGCCACCGAUGAAGUUUGUUCGUCGGAGUCGGUGAAUGGGAGUCGCGAUGUUUGGAGCUGUAAAGAUUCUUUUUCUUCAUCAGCUGAUCAUCUUGUUAUCAUGGUCCAUGGAAUCCUCGGCAGUUCUUCAAAUUGGAAGUAUGGAGCAGAGCAAUUUGUUAGAAGGCUACCCGAUAAAGUAUUUGUCCAUUGCAGUGAACGGAAUAUGGCUAAGCUUACUUUAGAUGGUGUGGAUGUAAUGGGUGAACGGUUGGCAAAUGAGGUCCUUGAUGUUAUUCAAGAAAAGCCUAAUCUAAGUAAGAUCUCUUUUGUUGCACAUUCUGUGGGAGGACUAGUGGCUAGAUAUGCGAUUGGGAAACUCUAUAGACCACCUAAGGAAGAAGUUAAAGAUGAUAUAUCCGGUAAUGGAUGCAAGGAAGAACCAAGGGCUACAAUUGGUGGCCUAGAGGCUAUUAACUUUAUAACUGUUGCGACACCUCAUCUUGGUUCAAGGGGCAAUAAGCAGGUACCAUUUCUUUUUGGGGUAACUGCUUUUGAGAAAGCUGCAAGUUAUGUUAUUCAUUGGAUAUUUAGGAGAACAGGUCGGCACCUUUUUCUUACUGAUGAUGAUGAAGAAAAGCCUCAACUGCAGCCUCCACUGCUUAAGCGAAUGUUGGAAGAUUAUGAAGAGUGUUAUUUCAUGUCUGCACUGCGUUUAUUCAAACGACGGGUGCUGUAUGCCAAUGUUGGCUAUGAUCAUAUUGUGGGCUGGAGAACAUCAUCAAUAAGACGGGAAAGUGAACUGCCAAAGUGGGGGGAGUCUCUAAAUGAAAAGUAUCCACAUAUUGUGUAUGAAGAGCACUGCAAGGCAUGUGAUUCUGAACAGUAUGAAACUAUUUCAACAGAGGAUGAUGGCUCAUCUGACAAGCUAGAAGAGGAACUGGUUAGAGGCCUAUCCCGAGUUUCAUGGGAAAAAGUAGAUGUUAGUUUUCACAACAGUCGACUGAGGUUUGCUGCUCACAGUGUCAUACAGGUUAAAGAUGAAUUUAUGCAUACAGAAGGUGCGGACGUAAUCCAACAUCUGAUCGACCAUUUUCACACAUGAAGAACUCCUUUUAGGUAAGCAAAGAUAAAUUUUUGCAACUCACUGUAAGUCGGUGCUUGAAAUCCCCCAUUGGCAAAGGAUGGGUAUGAAAACUAUGAUUGGUUUUAGCAGUCACGAAGAAAAUUUUGUUCAUUCAUUGAUCAUUUUUAUGUUGUAUACACGUGCACAUUCAGCAAUAUACACCGACAUAAAUACGUGUUCUAACGAGAUAUUAUUCAGUAAUUUACGGUUCGUGAAAGCUGUUUAAUAA